AUGCGAUCGAAGAUAAUAAUUGGGAUAGUUUUAGCAUUGUGUGUGUUAGCGACAUGGCUUUUUGGCCAUCUCUACCAAGAGCUGCUGUUUAUAUAUGAACAAACGGGCACUCUAACAGACUCGGAAUAUUCAUGGGUUUUCAGAUUAUUAUUAAAUUUAGUGGGAUACUCGACAGUGCUCUUGCCAUGCUAUGUCUUGUACAAGUAUCUUGAAAAGUCGAAUUACUUUGAUAAAAUUGCAAAUAAUUCAUGGGUAUCUCGGAUGCUUUAUGCCUGCUUCUCGGAACAUGAUCGAAUUCCGGAGUCAACGAAGCCUGUGAAAGUUGAAGAGAAUACUAAAAAUGAAGGAUUAGAAUUGGCAUUCUGCUUUACUGGACUUAUGGGAGCUUACCUAGUAUGGGGUCUAUUGCAGGAGAAGAUUAUGACACAGAAUUACGUGAUGCCAGAUGGAACGCUACUAAGGUUCAACGACUCACAGUUCCUAGUAUUUAUAAACAGACUGCUAGGUUUCCUAAUAGCUCUGACGAGGCUACUGAGCACAGGCCAGCAAAUAAUUGCCGCUCCGCUAUACAAGUUCUCAUACUGUUCGCUAACUAAUAUAAUCAGUGCUUGGUGUCAGUAUGAAGCACUCAAGUAUGUCAGUUUUCCUACUCAGGUGCUCUCAAAAUCAUGUAAAGUAAUUCCAGUAAUGUUGAUGGGUAAACUGAUCUCGAGGAACAAGUAUGAGACCUACGAAUAUAUUACCGCCUUGCUCAUUUCUAUUGGCAUGGUUUUGUUCAUGUUCGGCAGUCACGACGAUGCGUCCACGUGGGGCGCGACCAGCGCGUCGGGCGUGUGCCUGCUGGCGCUGUACAUGUGGUGCGACAGCUUCACGUCCUCGUGGCAGGGCGCGCUGUUCCGCCGCCACGCGCUGCGGCCGCUGCAGAUGUUGUGCGCCGUGAACCUGUGCUCCUGCGCGCUCACCGCCGCCGCGCUGCUGCACCGCGCCGCGCCGCACCGCGCCACCGCCAACCUGCUGCGGCAUCCGAUGUUUGUAGCGGACUGCGCGCUACUGUCGGCUAGCUCGGCGGUGGGGCAGCUACUUAUAUACCGAACCAUCGCGCGCUUUGGGCCCGUGCUCUUCACCAUCAUCAUGACGCUGCGACAGGCGGUGUCGAUACUAGUGUCGUGCGCGGUGUACGGACACUCGAUAUCAGCAAUCGGCGGUGUUGGAGUAGUCUUAGUGUUCACGUCGGUAUCCCUCAGGAUUUACUGUAGGAAGAGGAAACCGGCGGCAGUUAAAUAGUUUUAUUUUUACUUGUUCAUCGAAAUAGUGUCCAUUAGAUGUAUAGGCUUCCAACUGUGAGGACAUGUCUAGACUUUAUUAGACUUGUUUUGUAUGUAUUAGAACGUGCGAGACCAAUUUUAUUUUUUGUUAAUAAUAAUUCUGACGUGUAAUAAAAAUAUUUUAUAUUUUAGCUUUUACGAUUAAAAGUUGUUUUUUUCAAAUAUCUCAUUAUAGUUAAAUGUGUCUUGUUUGAAUGUAUUUAUUUAUUUUAAGUAAUGUCCAAGGACACAAAAUUAUUUUAACUUAAUGUACUGAUGUAGGCAUUUAUUAUAAACUCGAAAAUAUUUUUAUUAUACAUGUUUAUUUUUUGUAGACAAUGUUAUUUGAACGACGGUAUUAUAUAAGAUUAUAUCAACCCCUAGAUAACAUUCUCAUAGGCAGAUAAUUGUGGCAUAAAAUAUUACAUCUUACGACACGAUAUCGAUAAAAUCUUAACCAUACGAUAUCUGUAAUAAUGCUGCAUAUUUAAUUUUCUGCUGUUUUCAUGUCUUUCAACUUGUAAAAUGUAUUAAGUAUACUCGUAUGAAUGUGAAUAUUGUUAAUGUGAAUCACGAAGCCGACAUGACCAGAACAGACAGAUACGACUUCAAAUCUAGAUUUUCAGCGUUGAAUUUUCAAGAGCUAGAUUUGUCUUAAAUCAAUUAAAUUUGCUCUGUGAUGAUGUAAAAAAUAUACAUGUUUACAAACUGAAUAUCUGAGAUAUGUGCGACUCGUCGAUACAAUAAUAAAAUAUAGACUUAAUUACAUAGCAUUGUCUAAUAUUAACGCUUCCUUACUCUUCUUCUGUUUAGUUUAUUUGUCUAUUAUUGUCAAAUAUUCAUACUUUUAGUCAGCAUUUACCGUAUAAGGUAUUUGUAAAUCCUUCAAAUCUUUGCAUAUAUUUUAUACGAUAUCGUAUCGGACCAAAUAACAGUGUCGGAAGAUGUAAAACACCCAAUAAUGUUAUAUUGGGGAUGUCGUGCGUGAAUCGUGUUCUGUGUAGCUGUUCUUUACUACAUAGUAUGUAGAGUGGUGUACAUAACGAGUUAGGUUCUUUUGAACUUCGUCAAAAUGUAGUAAAAAUUUAUAAAGUA